CAUGCGCUGUUGCUGUUGCUGUUGCGACAGCUUGUUACCGGAGCAGAAGAAGAAGAAGAGCUGGUCCGUUCUCCGGUCCUCCGUCCCUCCCGGUUCUCCCGGUUCUCCCAGUUCUCCCGGUUCUCCGAUGGCCGGCACCGCGCUGAAGAGACUGAUGGCGGAGUACAGACAGCUGACUCUGAACCCACCUGAGGGGAUCGUUGCAGGUCCCGCCAACGAGGAGAACUUCUUUGAAUGGGAGGCUCUCAUCAUGGGUCCUCAGGAUACGUGUUUUGAAGGCGGCGUGUUUCCAGCCGUCCUCAGCUUUCCGUCUGAUUAUCCUCUCAGUCCUCCCAAGAUGAGGUUCACCUGCGACAUGUUCCACCCCAACAUCUACCCAGACGGUCGGGUGUGCAUCUCCAUCCUUCAUGCUCCAGGAGACGACCCGAUGGGGUAUGAGAGCAGUGCAGAGAGGUGGAGUCCGGUCCAGAGUGUGGAGAAGAUCCUGCUGUCUGUCGUCAGCAUGUUGGCAGAGCCCAACGAUGAGAGUGGAGCUAACGUGGACGCCUCUAAGAUGUGGCGUGAGGACAGAGACCAGUUCUAUAAACUGGCUCAGAGGAUCGUCCGUAAGUCUCUGGGUCUCUAGAGGUCUCUAGAGUCCACGUCGUCUCUGUGUGCUGCAGAAACACUCGAUGGAGGUUGGCCGUCACCAUGGAAACCAAUCUCACACACACACACACACACACACACACACACACACACACACACACACACACACACACACAGAGUGCUGCCGAGACGGACGGAUCAAUAAACUGAUGGACGGAACUCACCGACGUUUGGAUCAAUACAGAAUCCAAAAGUUACAUAACUUCAAAUAACUAAAAGUCGACAGAAGAAGACAACAGUGACAUCAUGUGACCUCACAGUGACAUCAUCAGAGCUGAGGGGGCCGACAGCAGCAGAUACUUUAUUAUAAUCAAUACUAUUAUUAUUAUUAUCAUUAUUAUAAUAUAAAGGUCACAAACACUGAUGACAAUCAGGACCUGAACUGUCGUUCAAACUAAUCAAUACAAACGUGAUAUUAUAAAUAGUAAACCAAUAAAGAAUAAAAGAUGAUUCGUCCAUCCUGAAGAUUAAAGAAAGUGUAAAUAUAAACUCGGAACAUAAAAGUCUGGAGGUGUCUUUAUUUUGAAAUCAGUUACGUGAAUGCUAACCCUUUCACAAUAAAGGUGUGUGUGACAGAGUCAAUACUUUGUGUUUUUGUUAAUGAACCAAUCAGGAGGCUUGAAUGAACCUUUAAUGUGAAAGGAAACUACACCAGCAUGUAAUCGGAUACUUCUUCUUCUACACAGUAUUUAGAGUAGAUAAAAAACUUAUUUUAAACACGACUAACGCUGGUUUCCUGCUGCUGUCGGUCUGAUGAACCUGAUGGUUGUGGUGGUGGUGAUGAUGAUGAUGAAGAUUGCCCCCCCCCUUGGACUUGAUGCACUUUAUCUGGAGGAUCUUCUGGUUCAGAUCUUCUCCGGCUGGUUUUUAAAAGUGAGGCUGGAUGUUUUGUCUGGUUUCAAAGGUUCAGAUGACAGCAGAGUUUAUUUUACUUUGUCUUUUACUUUGAAAGAAUAAACUGAGGGGAAAACACA